CGUCGAGGCGAACGGGUUAAGAGUGCUGUUACUUUGUUUCUUCGAGAUUCAACGACACCGCUGAAAAAUGUCUGGCCGUGGCAAAGGUGGAAAAGCUAAAGCGAAGGCGAAAUCCCGCUCCAAUAGGGCUGGACUGCAAUUCCCUGUGGGCCGUAUCCACAGGCUUCUGAGAAAAGGAAACUACGCAGAAAGAGUUGGCGCCGGGGCUCCCGUUUACUUGGCUGCCGUUAUGGAGUAUUUGGCCGCUGAGGUUCUGGAAUUGGCGGGAAACGCGGCGCGUGACAACAAGAAGACCAGAAUUAUUCCGCGACAUUUACAACUUGCAAUCAGAAACGACGAAGAGCUGAACAAACUUUUGUCCGGCGUUACCAUCGCUCAAGGAGGUGUCCUUCCGAACAUCCAAGCAGUACUUUUGCCGAAAAAGACCGAGAAGAAGGCAUAAGCGUAUUGGAGCUCAACCGAAAAACAAAAUUGGCCCUUUUCAGGGCCAC